AUGGUAUUCAAUGAGAUGCAAGAGGGCAAUGGGGACAUUGCUCCUGCUUCGCCUUUGCUGGAGGAGGAGAAAGAGAAGGUGGAGGAUGGAAAGGUGGAUUCAUCGGUGGAUGGUGGGAAGGUGGAUUCAUCGGUUGAGGGCAAUGGGGACAUUGCUCCUGCUCCGCCUUUGGUGGAGGAGGAGGAAGAGAAUGUGGAGGGUGGGAAGGUGGAUUCAUCGGUUGAGGGCAAUGGGGACAUUGCUCCUGCUCCGCCUUUGCUGGAGGAGGAGGAAGAGAAGGUGGAUGAUGGAAAUGCGGAUUCAUCAGUGGAGGGCAAUGGGGACAUUGCUCCUGCUCCGCCUUUGCUGGAGGAGGAGAAAGAGAAUGUGGAGGAUGGAAAGGUAGAUUCAUCGGUGGAGGGCAAUGGAGACAUUGCUCCUGCUCCGCCUUUGCUGGAGGAGGAGGAAGAGAAUGUGGAGGAUGGAAAGGUAGAUUCAUCGGUGGAGGGUGGGAAGUUGGAUUCAUCGGUUGAGGCAAUGGGACAUUGCUCCUGCUCCGCCUUUGCUGGAGGAGGAGGAAGAGAAUGUGGAGGAUGGAAAGGCAAUGGGGACAUUGCUCCUGCUCCGCCUUUGCUGGAGGAGGAGGAAGAGAAUGUGGAUGAUGGAAAGGUAGAUUCAUCGGUGGAGGGCAAUGGGGACAUUGCUCCUGCUCCGCCUUUGCUGGAGGAGGAGGAAGAGAAUGUGGAGGAUGGAAAGGUAGAUUCAUCGGUGGAGGGCAAUGGGGACAUUGCUCCUGCUCCGCCUUUGCUGGAGGAGGAGAAAGAGAAUGUGGAGGAUGGAAAGGUAGAUUCAUCGGUGGAGGGCAAUGGGGACAUUGCUCCUGCUCCGCCUUUGCUGGAGGAGGAGAAAGAGAAUGUGGAGGAUGGAAAGGUAGAUUCAUCGGUGGAGGGUGGGAAGUUGGAUUCAUCGGUUGAGACAAUUACAGGCAAUGGGGACAUUGCUCCUGCUCCGCCUUUGCUGGAGGAGGAGGAAGAGAAUGUGGAGGAUGGAAAGGUAGAUUCAUCGGUGGAGGGUAGGAAGUUGGAUUCAUCGGUUGAGGGCAUUGAGGACAUUGCUCCAUCUCCGCCUUUGCUGGAGGAGGAGGAAGAGAAUGUGGAGGAUGGGAAGGGCAAUGGGGACAUUGCUCCAUCUCCGCCUUUGCUGGAGGAGGAGGAAGAGAAUGUGGACGAUGGGAAGAUGGAUUCAUUAGUGGAGGGUGGGAAAGUGGAUUCAUUGGUUUAG